AUGUCGUUGCUCAAGAUAGUUGGUUUUGCUCUGCUCGGUCUGGCCCUAGGCCAACUCUAUCAGCCGGCCAGCACGGAGACCGUGUCCGUGUGUCCCACCAACUUCACCCGGGUGGCCGACAAGUGCCUUCUGGUGGAUAAGAGUUGGAAGAACUGGUACGAUUCGGAUCGUCACUGUCGCUCCCUGAAUGCCGAACUGCUGAGCAUCAAGAACCAGACGGAACUGAAGGCGAUCCAGGAGUGGCUGCCCGUGGUGGCACCCUACGAUCCGGAAUUCUGGACAUCCGGCAAUAAACUGGGGGAAGCAAAAGCCCUGGUCGACUACUACUGGCAGAGCACCGGGGAGCAGGCUCGCUAUCUUCCCUGGAACCAGGGUCAGCCCACUCCCGCCAGCGGGGAUUGCCUAGUGCUGUACGGAAGCGUUAGCAUGUCCACCGGGCAGAUGGUAAUGGAGAAGCACCUUCUGUCCGUGAAGAACUGCACCCAGUGGGCCAGCCACAUCUGUCAGACGCCACUGCAGCAGUUCACCACCCAGCUCUGUCUCAAUCCCAGCGCCGUCUACGAGGCCAAAGUACCAGUUUAGGCUGAUGAAUUAGAUCAAAGAACAUUAUUUAAUAGCUUUUAAAUAACAAUAAUAAAUGCUAUUAAAUUAAACAAUAGGUUUUAGCCAAGAAUCUUUGUUGUAAGAAUCUGAAAUAUAUUAAAGUUCAAUUCAAAGGUUAA